CUACGAAUAAACAGACACCAUUGUCACCAUUCUAUUUUGACACUCGUGACAUUUCAUCCUUUCAUGUGCUUGCCGUCAAAAAGCACAUCGCGCAAAAAUAUUUUUGUUUAUUAAAUACCAUGGCGAAAUCUCUAAGGAGCCGUUGGAAGCGAAAAUGCAGAGCUAUAAAGCGCGAACGUUAUGCUGUAAAAGAAUUAGCGCGACUUAAGAAGAUGUUAGGCGUAAAAGAUGAAGAGAAACCUGAAACUACCACGGAUGAGGUUAUGGAAUCGGAUCAAGUUAUUUUUCUUGACGCUGGAGCUUUAAAGAAAAACGCAGAGAAAAAGAAUAAGAAGAAAAAGGAAAAAGAAGUCGCUGAAGAGGCUGAUGAGGAUGUAGAAAUGAGUUCGGACGACGAAAAUGUUGUUGUCGAUGGUGACGGUAAAAAAAGGGUUUUCAGUACGAAAACACUGAAGGACCAGAAUGGACAGUACCCAGUAUGGCUUCACAAGAGAAAGAUCGCGAAAUUAAACAAAACCGGCAAGAAAAAUACGAAGAAACGAUCCAAAAACAAGAAAAGAAAACGAUUAUAAUAAAUAUUAUGUAUGUAAGCAAAGUUGUUU